AUGGCUGAAGGUAAGGGUGUUGCACCUGCAUCAACGCCAACAUUAACAACAUUUUCAUUUUGAUUUUGUACUCAUUGCUAUGAAUUAAAGCAUAUAAAAGCUGCGUAAACUCUGCUGUUGCUGUGAUCCUGUUUUGAUAGGGAUUAGGAUCCCUGUAGGAAGAUGUGUUGAAAGUUUGGUGCUAUAAAUAUAGGAUAUCAUGUAGCCACAGUAUCAGUGGAGCUCUCCUGUGACAGACAUGACUGCUGCUGCUGGAUCUGACCCCUGCCUUUUUUUACAAUAACAAUCUUAAGUCGUCUUUCAGCAAAGCUGUAUUUUUAUGAGGCCUGAUCUGAAAAACUGUAUUUUGAUUGCAAAUUUAUUUUUUUAAUGAAACAUCCACAUUUCAGAAAGUCAGAGGAGCAGGCUGUCCCCCCCCUUUAAAAUCCACUUAUGCUUGUACUCAAACGCUGACGUCACCUGCUGAUUCUACACUAUUCAUUAAAGGGAUUAUUCGUCAGCAUGCAAGCAUUUGUAUUUGAGGAAGUGAGGCAUGAUUACAGUCUAUUCACAGUUUGACGCUGUAACAAACACUUUGGCCUCGAGCCCAAGAUGGAAAAUUUAGCAGUGAAGAUUCUCUCUGCCACCUGAUGACGGUGGGGAUGUCAUUCAAUCCCAAGACAAGAGUUUUCCACUGCGUUAGGUAGAUCUUGUGUUUUGAUAAGUGAUAACAUCAUUAAAACAGAUGAUUCUUGUCUUUUCUGAUAUCUAUCACAUUCUUAGUAACUUAAUCUUCAGGAUUAUCCAAUAAUUUAACACAUUUCAAACCCCUCAGUGUAAAGCAAAGAAGGAAAAAAGUUUAUGGAAACUCCGUCUGUUGGGUAAAGUCCAAAUAGAGAUAUGUUACACCAGAUAUUUUCAGAUUCAGAAGAAGACUAGGAAGGUGGAUUGAUGUCCCACAGUUAGUCCUUUCAAAAUAAAAGUCAUGUGGUGAAUGUGAAACAAAGACCUCUAUUUUCAACUACACUGUAUGUUGUUUUAUGUGAAUAUAGUUUCAGUCAGAGUCCCAGAAAGUUGGAAGUUGUUGGUUGUUUUGUCAGACGUUUCAAUCAAAUGUGGUUUCAGCCCAACAUACAUGACAAAGCAGAUCAGCUGAAUGUUUUAGUGUAAGAAAAUUUUGUAGUAUGUUUGAAUUCUAUUGAUAAUAUUUGUUUUUCUGUAAUACGUAAUGUUAUAUUCACAAACACUUCUUUAGUUUAAGUGCCAGAAAAUAACUUAAAGGGGGUCUUAUCAUAUCGCACUUUUUAGGACUACUUUCGGACUUGUGCACACAUGAUUAUACUUAAUUUAACUAAAAAUUAAUAACUUGCAUCUGUGUCAUCUGAUGUUUCUUUUUUGGGCCAACUCAUAAUCAGCACUGAAGCUAAAAUUACCUUCGGUGUAUUAAUGCUCUGCUCUAACACUUUCAGGGUGCUGGAGCGGGGCCAGAAGAAGUGAAUUAACACGUGUAUCUUUGUGUAGGGCUGUCAGAGUAUCUUAUUUUCACCUCUGAGUUAUCCUUGUCAUAACCUAUUGAUAGUAAUGUUAUCAUGAUAUUUUCAGAAAAUUUGAAAAUAAAACAGUACAGUCAGACAAAUUGAGGAAAAGCAUGAGGAGCAACAUAUUACAUGAUAAUUUCUCUUAUCAACACAGUUAACUUACAUGUUGUCAUUCAUUACUCCAUGAACUACUGCUUGUUAUGCUUUUAUUCUGAUAUUUUAUCUGUCUUUGUUUAGGUUGCUUAAUUGUGGACAUGGUAAAACUAUGCUUUUAUUUUGAAGGACAAGCUAUUCUCUGCAGAUCUUAAGUUGUGAAUCUGAAUAAAAACUAUUAAAAGAGUUAAAGUUGUUUUUCCAAAAUGAUGACUUUUGUUAAGAGCGUUUUUUUUUGUCAGCCCUUUCGAAGUGUUUCACAGAUAGAAGAUAGAAAAGACACUCAAAACAAAAAAACAAACAAAAAAAUGAUAUGCAUAAAUAUAUAAGAUGGUAAAAAAAAAUUCAAAUUCUGCCACUUCUGAGAUGUAUUUUUUUCUAACAGUAUCAUAUUGAGGAUGCUUCUCAUUAGUUUAAGAGAGAGGGGAUAAAACUAGUUUUUUAUUGCAUUGGCCUGAAUGGGCUUCCAUACGACACACUCACUGCUUGUAUGGAAGCCCUUUAAAAACAGAGGGCAUCCACUAUAGACAGCGAGUAUUUGGGGUCUGAACCAAUACAAGGCAAUCUAAAUGAGUUCUAAGAGUGGCAUUAAUACCUUUUUUUACAUAUUAAGGAGCCAGAUCGGCACCUGCAGCUGGUGGGACCAAUGGAGCAGCACAGACGAGAGCUCCAAGGCCCACAGGUGUGGGGAUCCUCGGGAAGCUGAAAAUGUCUGCAGAGCUGCUGAUCGCUCUGGCUGCUCUGCUCUCCUGGCUGGUGGUGGGAGUGGUGAUGUUUGACUUUGUGGAGUAUAAAGCAGUCCCUGGUAAGUCACUAAUAAGUAGAAAUAAAUAACACGAAUAUACGUCCUCUUAUUGAGAUGGUCAUCUAUAUGUCUAUUUCUGUCCUCAGACAUUCAGCAAAUCAUUACGGACCCUGUGCAAGCUGUAUAUGACGGUGUAGAUGAAGUAUCCAGUCUGCUCAAUAAGUUUCAAGGUAGACAAAUAAAAGAAAAGUACUUCUGUAUAGCAUGCAUCUUUUAGUAAUUCUGAAACAAGAAUCCUAAUAUUUGACCAUUUUUCUGGGUCCCUAGAAUGUGCACCAGAUUUAAGUGACCCCAUGUCUAUUGCCACGUAUGCUGCUGAAGAAAUAACGGAAGCAAAAGAUGGAUUUGUACAAUACUUUUCAGAUGAGGAAGGUCAGAAACCUUACUCUCAUGAAAUCUAUGUUGAGAUAAAAUUAGAAAGUUUUGACUAAAGAUAAUCAAAGAGAAUGAAAUUGAAUCUAUACUUUCCUCUUAAUCCACAGGAAACUUCUACCUCAGCUAUGUGGACCCUGUGGUUAUAGGACGACGAGCUUUCCAUUCAACUAAUGACUUUGUGGGUGGAGUCAUGGGAUCCUUCAGGGACACAGUGUGUGGUGUUGUGGAUACUGUAUUGGAUACCAUACAGGACGUAACAACAGGUAUAUCAUAUUUGUGCCUUUUCUUAUUCACAAUCCAUUAAUGUGAUAUUAAUUUGUAACACCUGAGUGAAAAACACUAAAUAUUUGUUGAAUUCUCACAUAAAACUGAGCCUAAAGUUUGAUUAUUAAUACAAAUUCCCCUCACUAAUAUGUUUGUUUCUCCCAGGGAAAACUGACCUUAGCUACAUUGACCCGGUGGUCAUAGGCAGACGUGUCUUCAGUGUUACUAAUGAGUUCAUGAAUGAAGUGGGGGACUACAUCCAGGAUGUGCUCUGUGACAUUCUGGACACUAUUCUGGAUGUAGUGAAAGGUAUUUACUCUCCUUGUUUAACAUCCCCGUAACCUUAAACCUCCUAAAAUCUUUAAUUUUAUCUUUUUAUCACAGAAUACAGGACCAGGUUUACACAUAUGUUCUUUGGACUUAUUUUACCGUAUUUGUUUUCUCAGGGACCACCGAUGUCAGCUUCUUGGACCCUGUGGUGAUUGGCAGAAAUGUCUUCAGUGUUACUAAUGAGGGUGUGGGAGGAAUAGUGGGAUACAUCCAGGGUGUGCUCUGCAGAAUCGUAGACACUGUGCUUGAUAUAACGAAAGGUACCGGCUUCACAUUCUGAGUUUAAGUGUGUAUUUAAUUUCCAUUUUUUAAAUGUCUGCGUCAUUAUUUGUUGGCUUAUUCUGAUACUUAAUAAAAAUGAUGAAUCAAAAUCAAUAACUUUUUCAGCUUGUAGGGGAGACCGGGGCUUGUUGUCACACUUUUUACACUCAUAUAUUUCUUGGAAUCAAUGCAUCAUAUAUAAACAAAAUGUGUACCAGAUGAAAGACCAAAGUCUCAGUGCAGAGUUAUAAGCAAUCAAAUAGAGACAUGUAUCACGGCUAGGAUUUUAUCUAGAAGAAGCUUAUUUUAAAAUAUAUAAAGUUAAUUUCUUUUCAGUUUGAGUUGUGUGAAAUGGUUAAUUGGCGCUUAUCUCAGCUCACAAUGUGCUCUUCUCUUCUUAGACAGGACACGACCCCUGACCGUGUAAAGGAAGAAAGCUAGUAUUCCACUUUUUUGUUGCGCCCUCUGGUGGCAAAGAUAAUUGCAAUGUGACAACUUACCCAUGUGACAACAAGCCCGAGUCUCCCCUAUCUGAUCUCAAACACUUCGGCUUUUAUUUUCCCUCAGUUAACUACUCAUAGCAGGAUAAUGGGUGAUUUUUACAGGAGCUUUGGCCUGAAUGUGUGUUUCAUUUCUCAGGAACCACUGAUAUCAGCUACAUGGACCCCGUGGUUGUUGGCAGAGAUGUCUUCACUGUCAUCAAUGACUUUGUGAGUGGAGUAACAGGAUAUAUCCAGGGCGUGCUCUGUGCAAUCUUAGAUGUAAUACUGGACGCAGUUUCAGGUAAAGUGGAUUUAAACCUGCACCUAAUCUUUGUCUGUGUUAUAUGUAUUCACUGAACAGCGUUUUUUUCUUCUCUGCUGAUCAGAUAUCCAGCAGGCUGUGGGAUUCAGUCCCCUGUCAGCUCUGAAGACAACAGGAGAGAUCAUCACAGAGCAGAUAAACAUGCUCGUCAGCUAUGUCUCCACAAUGCUGUUCGGUGAAAAAGGUCUGUUUUAUCACAAACAACAUGCAUUUUAUUGCACCGCAUUGCCCACUCCGCUUGAUUCUGUAUUUGUCACCCCUGAGAUAUGAUGAUGUUUCGUUGUCUGAACUGCAUCUUUACCUGAUUUUUAUGGUGUGCAGAUAUUUCAGAAAUCAUGCCUGAAGUGUCCAUUGAUCCCAUGAAAGUUGUUCAAGACGCUGUGUUGGAUUUCACAGACAAGAAAGAUUUGUUCCUGUCUUACAUGUCCAGCAUGCUUGUUGGAGAGGAAGGUGUGAUUUGCAUUUGUGUAUAAAACAGAAUAUCAAAAAAUGUGAUGCUAUCAAUGUGGAAAUUUAUGUUUGAAUGAUGUUGAUAAAAAAUCUAACAUCAUAAUAACAGGAUACAUAUUUUAACAUCUUCUCUUUUUUGUCUUAGGUGAACCUGUUUCCACACCUGUUGUGAAUAUAGUCACUGAAAAAGGUCAACACUUUGUAAUUAAUCUGCAUCUUAUUUACAACAUGAAAUUUGUUUAUGCAAUAUUUACAAAAUUUGUUUUUGUCUCUUUUUUAGAUGAAGCCAAAGUUUCUCCUUCUGAUAUAAAUUUGGUGCAAAGAAAAGGUGAGUACUGGAACAUUUUUAAUUCUUUUUUCUCUGAAACAUCUACAGUUGACAUGUAACUGAUAGUUUUUUCUUUCUUUCUCUAAAUGUAGGUGAAUUUCUUCCCCCAGUGGAAAAAGGUAAGAAAACAUCACAACAUAUUACUGUGUUACACUUCAUUCUGGACAGCUGUGAAGCAUUUUGCUUGCGAAUAGUUGCCUUUUGAGCAUGUUGAGGAUGAUUUUUGUUGUUUUUCUUCCCCUCUUGUAUGAAAUCUUCUGAAUUCUGUCAUGUUCAGUGUGACAAAACAAGCCUGAAACUGAAUGUUAAGUUUGUUUGACUGAACAAAGUUUCAGCAUGGUCAGAUAUGUAUCAUUAACAGGGUUCAUUGUGAUGAAUUUUCGUCGCAUCAAAGUUUGUUUCUCAUCUUUGGACUGCAUCUCUUUCUCUGACUGUCAUACUGAAUGUUUUUUGAAUUUUGCAUUUAUGUGUUUUGACAUGAGGUCAGCUGACAUGUUUUUGUAAUAUAUCUUUUAAGACAGAAACAGUAUGAUUGUUGUUCCCUGCAUAACCCAAGCACAUCUGUUAACAACUGCAACCUUAAACCUCUGUGAUUGUCAGUAUGUGAUUCUUGAGCGUUUCUACCGGGUGAUGUGUGAUUUCCUUUUACAUAUUCUGUUUGUAUGGACUCAUGUUAACACCACAUGUUUCAAAAGCAGACCUUGAUAAAAUUAUAAUUGGUCAAACUGAUUUUUAAGUUGUCAGACUUAAAGUGAAACAUUAAAAUAAUCCUCUCAAAAGUUUAAAUUAGCCUUUUUUGGUCAACAAAUCUGAUGAAAACUCAAAAUUCAACAAUAAAUUAAUCCAAUUGAUAAGUCUUGUUCUUUGCAACCUUGUCAUCUAGUUUAACAUAUGUAUAAUACUAAUUGUUUGGAGAGCCUUAUAUAUCCCAUCUCUCUUUGACACUGACAAAGAAGAGUGACUCUGAAUAAGCAAUAUGAUAUAAAUAGAAAGCAUUAUAAUUUAAAUGCAAAGUCUAUCAUAUAAAUGUAAAGUAGUAUGAUAUAAAUGUAAAGUAACAUACUGUAAAUGUAAAGUAAUAUGAUAUAAAUGUAAAGUAGUAUGAUAUUAACGUAAAGUAAUAUAGUAUAAAUGUAAAGUACUAUCAUAUUAAGGUAAAGUAGUAUGAUAUACAUGUAAAGUAAUAUAAUAUAACUGUAAAUUACUAUCAUACAAAUGUAAAGUAGUAUGAUAUACAUGUAAAGUAAUAUAAUAUAAAUGUGAAGUAACAUGAUAUAGAUGUAAAGUUAUAUAAUGUAAAUCUAAUGUGCUAUCAUAUAAGUGUGAAGUAACACGAUAUAAAUGUAAAGUGAUGUGAUGUAAAUGUAAAGUAUAAUGAUAUAAUGGUAAGAAUUAUGAUAUAUAUGUUAGGUAACGUGAUAUAAAUGUAAAUAUAUUUAAUAUAAAUGUUAAGUUAUAUAAUGUAAAUCCAAAGUACUAUUAUAUAAAUUUGAAGUAGCAUGAUAUCAAUGUAAAGUAAUAUUAUAUAACUGUAAAUUACUAUCAUACAAAUGUAAAGUAGUAUGAUAUAAAUGUAAAGUAAUAUAGUGUUAGUGUGAAGUACUAUUAUAUAAAUGUAAAGUAUUAUGACAUAAAUGUUAAGCAAUACAAUAUCAAAAUAAAGUAAUGUGAUAUAAAUGUAAAGCUAUAUGAAAAAGUCAUGUUAAAAUGAUCAAAACUUGCCAGUUAUUGAUGAGAUUUUUGCUGAGACAUUUUGUGAAGGAGUUACAUCUUCUUUAAAAGUCACAUAGUUGACGUCAGAUUUGUUGACUCUAAGAUAUUUUUGUUAUACUGAGAGAGGCAUUAACAGAAACAUGUGCUGUGGGCUGUUUUGUGUCAUGAAUGAAUAAAUGAAUGUUUCGUUGCAUUUUAUCAACUUUCUCCACAUCUGAAAAAACAACUUUGGAGCUGCAUUUUCUUACAAAAUGCCAAAGAUGUGGACACAUAUGAUUCGUGACAUGCAAUGAUGGUCCAGUUGCAGAGAUCAUGGAUGCUGAGCUGAAGGCAGCCUCUGACGACUUAAAGACAGAGGAAGAGGAGGAAGCCGAAGCCGAAGCUCCAAGUGCUGCAGAAGUGACCGAGGCAGAGGAAGAUGCUGGUAGUUAAUUUUUUAAAAUCUGAUAUAAUCACAAUCAUUUGUCAGACGUGAGCUCAUUAACAGGAACUCAAUUUCUGAACUAUCACAUCACUAGAGAAACACGCCGACCUCAAAGAAACAGAAAAAGAAGGAGAUGAAGGAAUCCUCGAAGAUAUCAGCAUAGAUGAAGUGGAAAAGGAGGAAGAAGAGAAGGAGGAGGAGGAGAAAGAGGAGCAUGCUGUAUCCAUGGAGGAAGAAGAGAAGAAGGAGGAGGAAGAUGAGGAUGAAGGUGUUGGCAUAGAGAUGGAGGAGGAAUUAAUAUCAGAGGGUGAUGAAGACCAAGAAAAGGCAGAUGCAACAACAGAGGAGGUCAAGGUAGAUCAGGAGGAGGGGGAUGAGGGGGAGGAAACAAAAGCAGAAGAAGAGGAGGAAAUAAAGGCAACAACACUUGCAGUAGAAGAAGAGGAGGAGGAGGAGGCUAAAGCAGAAGAAGCUUUGGAAGAGGAGGAGGAGGAGGAGGAAACUAUAGCAGAAGUUUUGGUGGAAGAACAAGAAGAGGAGGCUCAAAUAGAGGUUUCAUUUGAGAGGGAGCGGGAAGAAGAUGUGGAGAUGGAGGAAACCAAAACUGAACUUCUGUUAGAGGAGGAGGAGACAGAGGUAGAAGCCGAAACUGGAGUCUUGCUUGAGGAGCUCAUCGAGGUAGAAGUUCUGCCAGAAAAGGAGGAGGGGGAGGAACCAAAGGAAGAGGAGUCUUUUGAGGAAGAGAUUGGAGAUAAAGACCUUCUUGCUGUUGAAGAAAAAAUAACACCUGAUACUGGUGACGAAGUUGAAACUUUAGAAACUGAUCAGAUUGAUGAACUUUUAGACUUUGACCUUCAUCUCGCUUUAGAGGAGGAGGAAGGAGAAAAACAGGCAGAGAAGACUGAGGUAGAGGAGGAGGCAGAGGCCUUCAUCCAACCACUUGACCUUCAGAUCCUUUCAACUGAAAAAGCCGUCAAUGCCAGUGAGGAACCUAAAUCUGAUGAAGAAGAGGAAGAAACACUUGUUCACGGCCUAGACGAAUACUCAGACAUUAUUGGUGAUCAGGAUGAAAACAACAACAACAGUGAAAGUGUGAAAACUGAACCGAAGCGAAAGAGGAAGGUUCGUAUUCCCUUUGAGAGACUUCGAAAAGUUGGAUCCAAAGCUGAACGUCCUCACAUGCGUGAAAAAGGUACAAAACUCUCUUGAUGAUCUUCUGAGAUUUUAACCUUUUUCAAGACCAAGUGAUGAAAAUGUUUGCGGUGUUGAGUGUGAAAUAAUUCAUAACUGAUGAAAAACUGGAGGGUGAAUAUUUAUCUUUUACAGUUUCUUAAGCAUUCAGUUUGUUUCUUUGUUUUGUGAAUGUUUCAAUAAUGAAGUAAACCAUCAAGGUUUUAAUAAUUAACAGAAUUAUUUUCUUUCAGACUCUUUUAUUUACUGUUUUAAUCAAGUUAACGCUGAUUUCAUCUAAUCAUACACUCUGACCUUUGGACUUUACAGCUCCAAUUAGUCCUCGGGGGAUUGAUCUUUAUCACACUUUUCAAACUCAACCAAAUUUGAGAAGAUAAGCUUGCUCAUAAGUUUAUGGAAAUAAGGACAAGUUUGGACAAGUUGUAAUUUUUUGAUAUAGAUUAAGCUAAAAAGUUUACGUACACCCGUGCCACUGGAUUUAUGAUAAGUUUGAGGUCUAAAUAAGUCUCUCCGGCAACAGGAAGUUUCUUGUUUUGAAUUGCAAUCUGUUCCUUCCAGCCUGUUGGACAAAUCAAAAUAAAGAUUUUAUAGUUCAGAAGUGCCAAACCGUAACUGUAACUCUAAAUGAAAGUUUGCUUAGACUUUCAAAAAUUUUAAACUAAUAUUUACACUUUUGAUUUUAAACAAACUUGGAAAAUUCCCCCCAAAUCUCACAAUGCAUAUUCCCAAAAACAAUUUUUUUGAAUUUCAGAAUGAAGAUGCCAAACUUUCCAAAAUUUCUCACCAAGGGUUUCUCAAGGGACUCAAAAUUUUUUAAGUUAAAAAUAAAAUAAAAUACAAAAUUGUGCAAACUUCCAAAAGGUAUCUCAAUAAGCAAAUUUAAGUUUCUUAAGUUAAGUGAGACUUUUGUAAGACUUUCUGCAAUCUGCAAAGUAAUUUUCCAGGGUUCAUGUUCUAAAUUUAUCUCUGCAGGGUAAACUAAAUUUGUCAUAAUCUACUAAAAAAAGUAACAUCGUAGCCACAGGUGUGUUUAGGUUAUUGUGUUUUUAGCGUUGUCGAGCUUAUGCAGCUUAUGCAAGUGUGAAUGUUUGUCAGGUGACUAUGAUGCAGGUCAAAUACAGGUCUGUGAUAUUUGUAACGUCUUUCUAAUGUACUUCAGUUCUCAAAGAGGCAGAGGAAGAACCAGCCCUGAAAGAAGUUCAGGACACCAUUAUUACAGGUAACACCCUUGAGUCCACUUGCUUUAAUGUGGGUAUUUCUAUCUGUUCUCAUUCAUUCAGUCAUAAGAAUAUACUGACAAGACAUUUUUGUUUAUAGACAUAGAAGUCACAGUAACAAAAUAAAUAAAUAAAUAAAUGAAUAGAAACUCAACUUGGUGAGGCGAUAAAAGAAUGCCAGAAUGGGGGGAUGCCAGAGAAGAAGGCAAUUUGAAUUUUAGGAUUCACCUGAGUCUCUCGGGGAAAAAGUGUUUUUUGAAAAAAGUUUAAUUAUCUUCAUUACUUUUAGAAGAGGAGCCCAAACAGAAAGAAGAGGUGAAAGUAACGAAACCAACAAAAGACGAAAAAGAAGUCAAGAAACCAGCCAAAGAAAAGGAAGAGGUAGAGCACCCUCCGAAAAAGACAGAAGCCAAGAAACAACUUAAAGAAGAGAAAGAGGCCAAGAUACCACCACCAAGAAAGGAAAAGGAAGCCAAAAUACCUCCAAAAUUAGAGAAAGUAGACAAGACACCAACGAGAAAGGAGAAAGCAGAAGCUAAAGAACCACCUAAAAAGGUGAAAGAAGUCAAGGAACUACCAGAAGAGAAGAAAAUAGCCAAAGAACUAAAAGAGGAGGAGAAAGAAGUUAAGAAACCAACAAAAGAAGAGAUAAAAGACAAGAAACCAACCAAAGAAAAAGUAGAAGUUAAGAAACCACCUAAAGAGAAGAAAGAAGAGAAGAAACCACGGCGAGAGAAGGGAGCAAUCGAAAAACUUCUCAAAGACAAGGUAGAAGUCAAGAAACCUACAAAAGAAGAAGUCAAGAAACCUACAGAAGAAAAAGUCAAGAAACCUACAAAAGAAGAAGUCAAGAAACCUACAGAAGAAGAAAAAGUAACAGAAGAACCACCUAAAGAGAAGAAAGAAGAGAAGAAACCACGACGAGAGAAGGGAGCAAUAGAAAAACUUCUCAAAGACAAGGUAGAAGUCAAGAAACCUACAAAAGAAGAAGUCAAGAAACCUACAGAAGAAGAAGUCAAGAAACCUACAAAAGAAGAAAAAGUAACAGAAGAACCACCUAAAGAAGAGAAAGAAGAGAAGAAACCACGACGAGAGAAGGGAGCAAUCGAAAAACUUCUCAAAGACAAGGUAGAAGUCAAGAAACCUACAAAAGAAGAAGUCAAGAAACCUACAGAAGAAGAAGUCAAGAAACCUACAGAAGAAGAAGUCAAGAAACCUAUCAAAGAAGAAAAAGUAACAGAAGAACCACCUAAAGAAGAGAAAGAAGAGAAGAAACCACGACGAGAGAAGGGAGCAAUCGAAAAACUACUCAAAGACAAGGUAGAAGUCAAGAAACCUACAAAAGAAGAAGUCAAGAAACCUACAGAAGAAGAAAAAGUAACAGAAGAACCACCUAAAGAGAAGAAAGAAGAGGAGAAACCAAGAAGAGAGAAGGGAGCAAUCGAAAAACUACUCAAAGACAAGGAAGAAUUCAAGAAACCUACUAAAGAAGAAGUCAAGAAACCUACAAAAGAAGAAAAAGUAACAGAAGAACCAACUAAAGAAGAGAAAGAGGUCAAGAGACCACGAAGAGAGAAGGGAGCAAUCGAAAAACUUCUCAAAGACAAGGUAGAAGUCAAGAAACCUACAAAAGAAGAAGUCAAGAAACCUACAGAAGAAAAAGUCAAGAAACCUACUAAAGAAGAAAAAGUAACAGAAGAACCAACUAAAGAAGAGAAAGAGGUCAAGAGACCACGAAGAGAGAAGGGAGCAAUCGAAAAACUUCUCAAAGACAAGGAAGAAGUCAAGAAACCAACAGAAAAAAUCGGAGUCACUAAGGAACAACUGAAAGAGACAAGGGAAGCCAAAAAGCCACCAAGAGAUGAAAAAGAAAAAGUCAUUAUCACCAAAGAACCACCCAAAGAGGUAAAACAAACCAAAAGACCACUAAAAGAAGAGACAGAAGUCAAGAAACCUGUAAAAGAAGAGAAAGAGGUCAAGAAACCACCAAAAACAGAGAAAGAAGUUAAGAAACCAGCCAAAGAAGAGAAAGAGGUCAAGAUACCACCAAAAACAGAGAAAGAAGUUAAGAAACCAGCCAAAGAAGAGAAAGAGGUCAAGAAACUUCCCAUAGAGGAGAAAGUGGUCAAACAACCUCUUAGAGCAAUAAAGGAAGCCAAUGAAACUGUGGUAGAAAGGAAACACAUCAAAAUACCCCUAAUCGUAAAGAUAACUCCUGAACUAAAGACUGACGCAAUAAAACCUCUUAGCACAGAAAAGGUGGAAAAAGAGAAGAAACCAUCAAAAGAAGAGAAAGAGGUCAAGAAACUUCCCAAAAAGAAGAAAGAGGUCAAGAAACCAGCCAAAGAAGAGAAAGAGGUCAAAAAACCAAUAAAAGAAGAGAAAGAGGUCAAGAAACCAGUAAAAGAAGAGGGAGAGGUAAAGAAACCUCCAAAACAAGAAAAAGACAUCAAGAAACCAGCCAAAGAGGAAAAAGUAGUUAAACAACCUCUUACAGCACUAAAGGAGGCUAAUGAAACUGUGGUAGAAAGGAAACAUAUUAAAAUACCUCUAAUUGUAAGGCCUCCUGAAGUUAAGACUGACACCAUGAAACCUCUAAGCAAAGGAAAGAUGGAAAAAGAGAAGAAACCAGCCAAAGAAGAGGAAGAGGUCAAGAAACCUCCCAAACAAGAGAUAGCGGUCAAGAAACCACCUAAAGAGGAGAAAGAGGUCAAGAAACCAGUAAAAGAAGAGAAAGAGGUCAAGAAACCAGCCAAAGAAGAUAAAGUAGUCAAACAAUCUCUUGGCACAAUAAAGGAAGCUGAUGAAACUCCGGUAGAGAGGAAACACAUCAAAAUACCUCUAAGAGCAACAAUGCCUCUUGAAGUUAAGACUGACAUCGUAAAACCUCUUAGUGAAGAAAGGAUGGAAAAAGAGAAGAAACCAAUCAAAGAAGAGAAAGAGGUCAAGAAACCAUCAAAAGAAAAGAAAGAUGUCAAGAAACCUCUAAAAGAAGAGAAAGAGGUAAUGAAACUUCCCAAAGAGGAGAAAGAAGUAAAGAAACCUCUAAAAGAAGAGAAAGAGGUAAAGAAACUUCCCAAAGAGGAGAAAGAAGUAAAGAAACCUCUAAAAGAAGAGAAAGAGGUAAAGAAACUUCCCAAAGAGGAAAAAGAGGUCAAGAAAAUAACCAAAGAGGAGAAAGAGGUCAAGAAACUUCCCAAAGAGGAGAAAGUAGUUAAACAACCUCUAAGAGCACUAAAGGAAGCCAAUAAAACUGUGGUAGAAAGGAAACACAUCAAAAUACCUCUAAUUGUAAAGAUAACUCCUGAACUUAAGACUGACACAAUAAAACCUCUAAGCAAAGAAAAGGUGGAAAAAGAGAAGAAACCAAAAAAAGAAGAGAAAGAGGUCAAGAAACCAGUAAAAGAAGAGAAAGAAAUCAGGAAACCUCCCAAAGCAGAGAAAAAGGUAAAGAAACCAGCCAAAGAAGAGAAAGAAGUAAAGAAACCUCCCAAAGAGGAGAAAGUAGUCAAACAACCUCUAAAAACAAUAAAGGAAGCCGAUGAAACUGUGGUAGAAAGGAAACACAUCAAAAUACCUCUAAUCGUAAAGAUAACUCCUGAACUAAAGACUGAAGCAAUAAAACCUCUUAGCAAAGAAAAGGUGGAAAAAGAGAAGAAACCAAUAAAAGAAGAGAAAGAGGUAAAGAAACCAAUUAAAGAAGAGAAAGAGGUAAAGAAACCUCCCAAAGAGGAGAAAGAGGUCAAGAAACUUCCCAAAGAGGAGAAAGAGGUCAAGAAACUUCCUAAAGAGGAGAGAGAGGUCACGAAACCACCUAAAGAAGAGAAAGAAGUAAAGAAACCUCUAAAAGCAACAAAAGAAGCUAAUGAAACUGUGGUAGAAAGGAAACACAUCAAAAUACCUCUAAUCGUAAAGAUAACUCCUGAAGAUAAGAUUGACACCAUAAAACCUCUUAGCACAGAAAAGGUGGAAAAAGAGAAGAAACCAAUUAAAGAAGAGAAAGAGGUAAAGAAACCAUCAAAAGAAAAGAAAGAUGUCAAGAAACUUCCCAAAGAGGAGAAAGAAGUCAAGAAACCUCUCAAAGCAAAAAAGGAAGCUAGUGAAACUGUGGUGGAAAGGAAACACAUCAAAAUACCUCUAAUCGUAAAGAUAACUCCUGAACUAAAGACUGACACCAUAAAACCUCUUAUCACAGAAAAGGUGGAAAAAGAUAAGAAACCACCUAAAGAAGAGAAAGAGGUCAAGAAACCAGCCAAAGAAGAGAAAGAGGUAAAGAAACCUCCGAAAGAAGAGAAAGAAGUCAAGAAACCAGUAAAAGAGGAGAAAGAGAUCAAGAAACCUCUUAUAGCAAUAAAAGAAGCUAGUGAAACUCUGGUAGAAAGAAGACACAUUAAAAUACCUCUUAUCGUAAAGAUGCCUCCUGAAGAUAAGAUUGACACCAUAAAACCUCUUAGCACAGAAAAGGUGGAAAAAGAGAAGAAACCAAUUAAAGAAGAGAAAGAGGUCAAGAAACCAGUAAAAGAGGAGAAAGAGGUCAAGAAACCUCCCAAAGAGGAGAAAGAGGUCAAGAAACCAGUAAAAGAGGAGAAAGAGGUCAAGAAACCACCUAAAGAAGAGAAAGAGGUCAAGAAACCACCUAAAGAAGAGAAAGAGGUCAAGAAACCUCUUAAAGAGGAGAAAGAGGUCAAGAAACCUCCCAAAGAGGAGAAAGUAGUCAAACAACCUCUUAGAGCAAUAAAAGAAGCCAAUGAAACUGUGGUAGAAAGGAAACACAUCAAAAUACCUCUAAUUGUAAAGAUAACUCCUGAACUAAAGACUGACACCAUAAAACCUCUAAGCAAAGAAAAGGUGGAAAAAGAGAAGAAACCAAAAAAAGAGGAGAAAGAGGUCAAGAAACCAGUAAAAGAGGAAAAGGAGGUCAAGAAACCCCCCAAAGAAGGAGUCAAGAAGACAGUGACACCUUCAAAGAAGGUACAGGAGGACAAAAAACAUCUAGAGGAAGACAAGGAAAAAGUUACUCCUCUGAAGGAAACAAUAAAGGCAAGGAAGCCCUCAAAAGAAGUCAUAGAGCCAGAAAUAUCACCCAAAGAAGUUAAAAAGCCCCCAAAAGAGGUGAAAGAAGUAGAAAAGAAAGAGAAGCCCUCCAAAGAAAAACAAGAACCAGAGAAACCCUCUAAAGAAGAGGAAGUCGUCAAGAAGAGAGACACAAAAACAGGUAACCAUUGAGGAGCGAUUACACAAGUUAGGUCGGGUCAGGUCAGCUCAUGUGUGACGCCACAAAGACUCACAUCAGUGUUUCAUACAGUCCAUGUGCUAAUAUGUUAGCAUGCUAAUUAUAAUAAUGAUGAUGCUUGCUGGCUUGGUGAUAUAUUUAAUUAAGCAUUGAUCACAACCCUCAGCUAAUGGGCUAAUGGCAGCUUAAGUAACGUCAGUAACAAUGAUGUCACAGUAGCACAGCAGUGUUAGGACUGAUAAUACCUCAUAUACACAAAGGUGUUUGACCAUAAACCAGAGUGAUCAAUGAAAAAAUGUAUUUGAAACCUAAUGAUGCUAAAGCCGAUAGAACUACAAAGAUUUUAUUAUGAAUAUCAAACACAUUGUUAUAACGAAUGUAUUAUUUCCAAGCUGUAUGAUGAGAUUCUGGUCUGACUUAACCUGUUGAACAAACUCCUGUUUUGCACUUCAGCUGAUGUACCCAAGAGGGCAGUAAAGGUGCAGACAGCUGUGAAAAAGAUGACACUGUCUGUCCUGAAAAAGGAACAUCUUAAUGUCACAAAAACAGGUAAAAACAAAAACAAAAAAAAUUUUAAUUGAGCAAGUUUUGCUUUUAUUUUCCGUCUGUCUGAUUUUUUGUGAGGCUCUCUGGGCUGUAUGUAUAGAAGGUGCCAUAAAAAUAAAGUUAAGUCUGCUCAGUCCCCUAUUGUAUGGGCACCACAAAGGCCACAAAGCUCCUUUAACUGUGUGUCUUUUUCUAUAUACAGAACCUGCAAAGGAAAAGGCUAAAGCAGCUCCUGCUAAAAAAGGUGACGAAUGCAUUUUAAAUUUAUCAGCCAGCUCCUGUCUGACACACAUGAGCACUAUUAGUAUAAAUGUCAUGGUGGAGUGAAUUAUUUUCCUUUUGUCUCACAGAAGUUGCAGCCCUCAAAGACAAAGCUAAACCAGUUGUCUUGAAAAAAGGUAAGAGUGGUGCAUGUUGUAAAACACGAGUUCAUCUUAAACCAAAAUGAAUCCACAGUUUAAGUGUUUUUUUCCCCACAGAGCCAGAGGGUGCCCCCAAAAAUGCCUCAGUUCUGAAACAGAGAGUCAAAAUAGUUCCUAUGAAAAUGGGUAUGUCCUUCAGUUUGUAUUUUAUUUUAUUUUAUUUUAUUUCCUCAGUUUUUUUUUUACACCUGAGUCAGUGAUCCUGAGCAGGCAUCUUUUCUGUUUCUUCAGAAGUCAAGCCUCCAAAAGAGAAAGUCAAAGCAGUCUCUGUAAAGAAAGGUACGCCACAUUUCAAAGAGUCAUAACGCUCAGUUUGGUUUUUUCCUCUGAACUUUGCAUUAAUGUGUUUUCUUCCACAGCCGAGGCCCCAAAACUGAAGCCAAAACUGGCCGUCACAAAAAGAGGUAUGAUGGAUCUUUGUCUUUUAUCAUCUUAUCAUGAUGUUGUUUUUCUGGAAUAAUGACCCUCAAAUGUAUCUACACAGAACCUGCUCAGGACAAAACCAGCCACUGUAGUCAAAGUUAACACUACAAAAAUAUUUUUUCUUGCACAGAGGCAUGAACUCACUCACUCUCUUCUUUGUCUUCUUUCAGAGGCCGAAGUUUCACCCAAGAACGUCUCACUGACCAAAGAGAAGGUCAAGGUUGUGCCGCUGAAGAAAGGUACACUUACUCAACAACAUCAAUACACCUCAUCAGUGCUUUCGAUUUAACAUUCAUUUAAUUUUGGAAAUUAACAACGCCUUUUUAGAUCAAGAAAAACAAACUGUUUCAGACACACAAACUGUUCCUCUGUCGUGUUUGUCGUCUCUUAUAGUGCCUGUAACUCCAAAAGAGAAAGUCAGACCAGCAGCACCAAAGAAAGGUGCUUUUUUUCACUCAUUUACUGACUUCUUAAAAUAUGUUUUGAUGUGGACAGUGAUAACAUGUCAGGAAACAAUAUUAACCACGAUUAAAUUUACACAACAAACUCCAUUGACCAUUAAUAUACAUGUGUGUAUUCCCCUUUUUAGCUGAAGUUCUGAAGGAGAAGAAGGCCGAGCCAGUGACACCCACAAAAGGUAUGUUUUUGACUUGCUUCAGCAUCUUUUUAUUUAUCACACGUAACUUCUGCCACAACCGUAUUUUCCUCUUGAUUUUGGACGGUACGACAAGAUACAUAAUUUUUUUUUGUUCUGUUAUAAAAGCAAAAGCAAAAGCAAAAGCUGCUGAAAAGAAGAAAGGUAUGCAGCAGGAGUGUCUCUGCAGUGAUUUAGUAGCUGCUAAUGUGUGGCUGCUGAUGAAAUGCUCAUCAUCAUGAUAACAACUUAGCUUAAAGCGUUAAAUAUACACUUAGAUCUGCUUUAUAGGCACCUAGAGUUCAAACUCAACAUGCUUUUCUGCUGAAAUAGGACGUUUAAAAACAGCAAAAGCCUCAGAAGAUGAUGUUCUGGUGAUGCAUGUGAAUGAAAACAGCAACAACAAAAACACCAGCGGCUGAAACGGAUUUUUCUUUGCUGUUAUCAUUUCUUUAUUAGCUGAGGUUCGCAAGGAGAAAAAGGCCGAGCCAGUGACUCUGAAGAAAGGUUUGUUUCAUGGUCUUUUCACAGUCUGUUCUGUUAGUCUGUUAUCAAUUCAAAUCAGCAACUUAACAUGAUAUACAAAGACGUUUCGUGGAAAUAGAUCAGGAGUAAACGGCUCUUUAUUUUUGCUUAUUUUGAUGUUUGAAACCUAAUUGGACACUGAGCUGCCAGAUUGGCUUGUUUGCAGGUGUGAUCAGAAAUUCAUAUUAAAGGGUUAAAAAGUAAGGCUUAAAUAGUAGUUUUUUUAAAAUAAUUACCUUUGUUUCCUCUCAAAAGGUAAUAGUUUAAAGAAAUGUGCUGAUUGAAUGUAACCUCUGUCUUUUAGAAUUACAGUCUCCAAAGAACACAGUGAGAGUGCAGUUUCUGAAUCAGGCUUUGUUUUCUUUCAGAGGCCGAAGUUUCACCCAAGAACGUCUCACUGACAAAGGAGAAGGCCAGGGUUGUGCCGCUGAAGAAAGGUACGCCAAACAAAUAUUCACAUCUUUGACUCAACAGUGUGUUUUGAGGCGUUUAUGGCUCAACAUGCAUUUAUGUUUUUAGUUUUAACUUGAGUCCUUUCAGUUUUAGUUAGUUUAACAGUAUUUUCACGCUCUUCUCUGUCCUUUUUUUACAUCACAGUUUCUGUAACUCCAAAAGAGAAAGUCAAACCAGCGGCACCCAAAAAAGGUAUUUCUAUUGAUUUAUUUGUGUUAAUAGUGAGUUUUGCAUAAAGUUUUACUAAUUUCCAACUUUCCUGAAAUACUUUUGUUGUUUUCAUUUGCAUGUGUAGCUGAGGUCCUCAAAGAGAAGAAGGCAGAGCCAGUGACACCAGUGAAAGGUUUGAUUCACAUUUUUACCUUUCAUUAUGAUCAUAGAGUCCAUCAUAAACUUAGAGGUAACUAAUGUAUGAUUUCUCACUGGGCUGUGAGAACUGAGUGUGUUAAUAGGACUGUGUAUUUUUCUUGCACCUGUUAUUGAAGCCAAACCUAAAGCGGUUGAAAAGAAGAAAGGUAUGCAGCACAAGUGUGUCGCUGUAGUGAUUUAGUCACCAUUAAUGUGGCCGCUGCUUCAACAUAAACUGCCUCUGGUGUAAAACUUACAGCUUGUCAUGUCUUAAGAGGAGUUUUUGUGACUUUUUCUUUCUUUCAUUUGACACAGAAACAGCUUUAAAAGAAAAGCCCUCCAAAAAAGGUGAGCAUGAGUUGUACUUUCUGUUUCUAAUAUGUUGACACAGUUUUGUUUUGAUUGAAGGGAAAAGAUUCACCAUCUACAUUUAAAACCCUCCUUCAAUAUAUUGUUUCAGCAGGUUUGAAUUUGGCUAAUCAAAACGAAGAACCAUCACAUAAAAUUUUCUCUGUUUCUUAUUUUCUCUUGUUUCUAAGUAGAACCCGAGGUCAAGCCGGCUAUUGCCAAAAAGGGUAAUAUAGAAAAAACACAACAGUAUACCUGUGAUUACUAAUAAAACAGCGAACUUAAAUCAAAAAUAUCACCUGAAACUGAUUUUUAUUCUGUGUUACACUCAGCACCUGAGGUUCCAAAGGAGAAGCCUAAACCAGCUCCUGAAAAGAAAGGUGAAUAUUUAAUUUCCCCAAAUAAGACAAAAUAUUAGACAUUUGUCUGAAGUGUAUAUUUUAUUCGGACAUAAGUUGAUCCAUUUUAAACUGUGUUUUGUUUAAAUUAGCUCCUUCUAAAAGGAAGGCUGAAACAAAGAAGGUCAAAACCCUCCUAAAGAAGAAAGGUAGCCUCAUGCUGUAAUUCUAAAAAGUAAUCAGAUUAUCUAUAAUCAGAUUACUUUUUAAAUCCGAAUCAAUUUAAAAAUUAAGUAGCUCAUUUUUCUUACUCUUUACACUAAUUUUAAACAUAUUGAACUAUUAUCAGAUUAUCCAUGAAUCUGAUUUUUUUAAGUAAGAAUAUCAUCAAACUGUUAUCAGACUAUCUGUAAUGAUAGUGCUAUUGAAUUUUCAAUAGUUUGCAAAGAUCUAUCUUUGAUUAGAUUAGAUAUUACUGUAAGAAGCAGCCUACAAUGAGAGUGUUUCUAUUGGACAAACUUACAUGAACAAAAUCUCAACUUUUUACAGAGGACAGAGUUCUUAAAGAGAUUCAAGAGCCUGCAAUAAAAGGUAAAACUGCCUUUUAAGAAACUAUAUUUUGAUUAUCCUCAUCAUAUCUGUGGAUCACUGAUUUUUUUUUAAAAUCAAAAUCUCUCUUUAUUACUUGUAGAAAAACCUGCAAAGAAGAAAGUUAUCGAGGAGGAGGAAGUCAAAGGUACUGCCUGGUUGAGUUAUGAUUUAAGGUCAUGUGACUCUGGGUUGUUUGGUUAACGUCAUGUUUUCCUCUUAAUAGCAGAGCCUACUAUAUCAGACGCUUUUAUGGAAUGUAAGUAGAAAUAUCGCACUCAUAAAUGAACAUCUUUAAAAAAGACAGAUUUUUGCACGCUGUGUUACCUUUAUGAGACAAACAGAGAUGAACAGUGUACUGAAUUGUUGUUUAUCCAUCUUGUGACCUCUCCUGCAGCUGAGAUGCCCUACUUCCAGUGUUUCUUCGUGGAUGAGGACGAGGCCCAGUUUCCGUUCUACGCUUUCUCUCCUCUGCAGAUCUGAAGCUUCAGUCUGAAUCCAGUCUGAGGUUUACUAAUAAAGUCAUCAACUUGAUACUGUUGCGUGUAACCCUGCGCUGUUUUAAUGCAGCUUGCUGUUCACUGCUGGUUUCCAGCAGAAUUCCUUGGACAGCUUAGGAUGUUGGGUGAAUUUCAUGCAAUGGACCGAUUUUGUAUUUAUUUCCAGAUUUGGUUGAGCUCUCGUACCAAAUACAUGCAGCCAGUGUCAUUCCUCUCUGUGUUACUUUAUUUUGACUUUCACUUCAUUUAAGAUGUGGAUAUCAUGAUUUUUUUUUUAAAGGAACAAUGUAUUAUAUUAUCUUUUUUGGAUCACUCAUUUAGAUCCUGACAGCAACAAAUGGUGCAUAUUUGUAGAGAGCAAAUAAUGUAGAAUAUACUGCAUUAUGCUGUAAAGGGGUACAAAAAUGGCCACGAGUGCUACGAAACAGUGGGUUCAGGUUUCACGCCUUUGACCCCACAUGUACUUGAAGAGAUGUUUGUAAAUUAAUGCUUUACACAGUUAACGCUUGUUUAAUUUUUAGCUUUUUCUUUAUUGCAUAUUGUAGGAUACAAGGCGCAUAAUUUAGUGUUUGCAUUAUUCCAUCAUUCUUGAACUAUUUCAACCACUUUUUCUCAAACUUUUUUUUUUUUAUCACAUGUCCUUUUUCUUCCCUAAUGGGUACAAACAAGGUCAAAUUUUUCUGUUUGUUUUUCUGUUUGUCUUCUUUAUACGUGUCAGAAGGAAUGACCGUGCAAGUGUAUAAGAGAGCUCCCAAUCAUACAGAUUUAACACUACCUUUGAAGUCUUACAAAACAGCACCACGCUGUCCCAAUGAUGCUAUAAGAGGGCAUAAGAGACGACUCUUUUCUUGCACAAAGACUAUUUUUAAGAAUUUUACACUAAAAGACGGGCACAUGUGGUGAGUUUUCUUUUGUCGAUGAGAAGCCGAUCCCUGAUCAACCAAAAGCCGGCGUUAACUUUGGUCAGUGGCAGAUAAACCAUAGACUGAACACUUACAGGAAACAUAGACACAGAAAGCGACUUUUAAAGCAGGUUAUUGGAAAAUGUGUCCAAAUAACUAAGCGUGAAAAAUGUCAUCUUUUGUCAUGUUUUUAUAGCAGCGUCUCAGUCGUGGUGCUACAGUAACAGAGAGGAUUCUUCUCACAGUUUUGUGAAUACUGAGCGAGGAAAACUUUAUCUCAGAUUGAUUUUAAAUACUGAAAUUGGACAAGUUCAUGUAUUUGAAAUCUCUGGAGAUAGUUGAUAAGAGAGCUGCAAGACUCAGCUCUUGUACAUCUUUAUGAGACGACUUUAAUGUGGUCAAAGCUACAUUAAAGUGAAACAACACCUGUGAUUAUGUCUGCACACCUUACUAACUCAGCUUAUAGCAGCUGUUGUUUCCAUUUUAGUUCAUAUGUAGAAAAUAUAGUUUUUAUAGCUUGUGGCAUUAAUCCCACGUCUGCUGAAAAGCAACUCCACUCAUCUUUUCUAUUUGAAUAAAAGCAGCACCCUCCCUGCUCAACCAUGAUUGAUGCGUUUGACCCUCUGCAGCACACGGUGAGCUCAGCUCCCGACUCGGCGCUGAAACAGUUUGGGUUUAAAGGAUGAUUCUCAGCAGUGAGACGUCAUGUUCCCAAAAUUAAAGAGGAAUUAAGCACAGUCUGUAUCAUUUUUACUUUUGAGGUUGAGGGGAUUUUCUGGAUAUUACAAAAUACCUGUUUUUAUCAUAACCAAAGAUACACAGUUUAUUUAUUUUUCUGAGUUAUAUCGACUCAAAUUUAUCAGGUUACAUGUGCAAUCUUUAUUUCAGUGUCUCAGUGGUCAAAACACUGUAUAUUUGUCAAAUAUUGGUCGAAAUCUGCAUGAUGAGUGUGUGUUUUUGUUCAAUUCUCCCUUGUGCUAUUAUUUCCCAGUUUUAACAACAAGACUUGAACUUACAAAUCAGGGUAUUUGAUACUCAGUUGACAUUAAUCCGUCAAAAUAUGUCUAAAAUGACACCUAAUGAGUCAUAUUUCAAAUAUUAAUAUAUAUUUUUGUAAAUAGUCUGAUAAACUGAAACAGAUUUUAAUCCCUGAAACCUUACACUGAAAUCUGACUAUCUAUUAUUUGUCAUUUACAUCGUCCUUGUGCUUGUGAAUAGAAGCUAUUUGACAAUAAAACAGAGCAAAGCAAGAGUUUCUUUGAGUCCUCCUUCCUCUGCUACAGAGUUGUACUGUGGUAAAGCCAGCAGAAAAUGGUAGGGCUUUAAAAUACGCGAGAUCUUCCCUGAAAAAAAGCAGUAUUUGUCG